AUGCGGGUUCUGCGUGGCCACGAAGCAGAACUCACAUUUUAUGAGUUCCACAAGGGCAACCAGGGCCACGGAGGGAAAGUCAAAUUUUAUGACUCUCACGAAGGCAAUGAGGGUCACGAGGCGAAAGUCAGAUUUCAUGAAGGUAACAAGGGCAACGAAAUCCACGAGGGGAAUGUUAAAUUCCUCGAUGGCCACGAUGGCCAAGAGGGAAAUGUCAAAUUCCACGAGGUGAACGUCCAAUUCCAUGAGGGCCACGAGGCAAAAGUCCGAUUUCAUGAGGGCCACGAGACGAAAGUCAGAUUUCAUGAGGGUCACAAGGGCAACGAGGGCCACGAGGGGAAUGGUCACGAGGGCAGUGAGGGCCAUGACAAAAAAGUCAAAUUUUAUGAGGAUCACAAAGGCAACGAGGUCCACGAGACGAAAGUCAGAUUUCACGAAGCUCACAAGGCCCACGAGGGCCACGAGGCGAAAGGCCACGAGGAGAAUGUUAAAUUCUUCGAGGUCCACGAGGGCCACGAGGGAAAUGUCAAGUUCCAUGAGGGCCACGAGGUGAAUAUCAAAUUCCACGAGGGCCACGGGGCCAAAGUCAGAUUUCACGAGGGUCACGAGGGCAACGAGGGCCACAACGGGAAAGUCAAGUUUCACGCUCACGAGGACAAUAAGGGCCACGCAACGAAAGUCAAACUUCACGAGGUUCACGAGGGCAGUGAGGACCAUGACAAAAAAGUCAAAUUGUAUGAGGAUCACAGAGGCAACGAGGUCCACGAGGCGAAAGACAACGAGGGCCACGAGGCGAAAGUCAGAUUUGAUGAGAAUCACAAGGGCCACGAGGGGAAAGUCAGUUCCGUUUCGUAG